GUGAAUGGGAAUUUGUUGUUGAGUUCGGUGGAAGUUAGGCAAGAGGAUCAGUACAGCUUUUAUAACUCUUUCUUCUGAUCAUAAAUAUUACAUAUUCAACUUGUGCAUGAACCCAACAAACAAACACCCCCACACCCCAUAUCCCAAAAUAAAGAGUUUUAUUUGCUAUUACUAGUACUAGUGUACUACAUCAUCUUUCAUUGCUUUUCUUUUCUUUUUCUUUUUCUUUAAAACCCAUCUCUUUUUUCUGUUCAUUUUAGAGAGAGGAAAGAUUUUUGUAAGUUUUGGAUAAACUGGGAAGGUUCUACUUUAUGGUUCGUCCUCAUUGUCAUCCAUCUUCAUCAACUUUCAAAACUUCAGCUCCAAGUUUUGCCGCCAUCCACUGUCCUCAUAGUUUGGUUCUCUUAGUUGUGGGAAUUCACUGUAUCUAGAUACCCUUUUCAGCAUUGAUUGAAGAAGCCUUGUUGUGUAUUUUUUUUUUACCAUCACUCCAAAGUUUCAGUCUGUUGCGUAUUAACUACCAUCAGCCAUAAUUUGUCGGUUGAGGUGUUCACAAAUAUAUCUUGUUUUAUUAAAUGAGUUUUGUUAGAAAGGUCCCCUCUGCUAAGUGCUAAGCUGUCCGUUUUUGCCUAACUAGCACAGUGUGACACCUUCCAUUGGUGGACCUCUCACUCAAUCAUAAUUCAGAACCAAAGAAGUAAUGGCUUAAACAGUUGUGUUUGCAUCCUUAUAAUAGAAAGGGAUACAUUCACUUGUGUUCAUCUGAAGAUAUCUUCUUCUUCUUCUUCUUUAGUUGUUUUUCACUAUUGAUGUCAAACUCAAAAUUUGGAAUCUCAUUCAAUCCUAUGCUUUGCUUCUUUAUAUCUUGUGUCCCUUUGAUAUUUCUUUCCGAGUCUUUUACUCAAAGGACACUCCAGUUAUGUGAGGGUGUGCUAAAACUGUUGUCAAUCUGGUUUUGUGAGAAAUUUUCCAAAUUUCUUGUGUCCCGGUUCCAGAAAAGUAGGAUCCCUUUGAGUUUUGUGCAAAGCCCCAUGACCCUUGUUUUGAAAAAGAUGGCCUUGUGUUCAACAAGGGUAGAGAAUGUAGAGGAAAAUGAGAGGAUUUCCCUUCUGGAUUUGCCUGAAUUGACCUUGGAGUGCAUCUUUGAACGGCUUUCACCGGCGGGUUUGUGCAGCAUGGCUGGAGUUUGCUCUUCUUUGAGGGAGAGGUGUACUAGUGACCAUUUAUGGGAGAUACAUUUGAAGCAGAAAUGGGGUAAAGUAAUUGGUGAUACAGCUUACCAAGGAUGGCAAUGUCAAGUGGCCUCCAGGAAUGGACCCAGCCUCUCUGGUCAAGACAAGAAAAAGGGACUAUUUGAGUCUCUUCUUAGUUCAAGGCCCUUCUCAUGGAUCACACCUAAACUAGAAAAGAGUUGCAAAGUGAGGACUACUUUACCAGUUGACUCAAUCAUGGCUUGGUAUCUUUCUCUUGAGAGUGGCAACUUCUGGUUCCCAGCUCAGGUCUACAACCGAGAGAAUGGUCAUAUAGGCUUCAUGCUCUCAUGUUAUGAUGCUCUGCUCUGCUACAAUUCCGAAACUGACAACUUUCAUGCAAGGUAUUCGUCUCAUGGACGGAGAACAUUAGAGGAAAAUAUAGGGUGGGAUAGGCUAAGAGCACCACCUGUUAACACUCCUCCGUUCGUGCUUCAUGUUUCCGAUUGUUUGCCUGACUUAAAACCCGGUGACUAUAUUGAGAUCCAGUGGAGAAGAAACAAAGAAUUCCCUUACGGUUGGUGGUAUGGCCAUGUUGAUCACCUGGAGCCCUGUGAUGGAAAUGAGACUCUGUGCCGCUGUCAUUACAGUGGUGAGAAUGUCAUUCUAUUUUGCACUUUAAUUUUUUUUCUUCAUUUCAUUUCUUUGAUCAUAUCACAUAGAUGCUGCAUAAGGAAUUACUACAGAUUGUAGCUAAUAAAUUACCCAAAAGAGAAUGAAGUUUCCCAAUAAAGCUUAUUACACAAAAGAGAGUUUGAAGAUAGGAAUAAUUGAUUAUAUUGAAAACUGAAGAUAGGAAUAUACAUUUAACACUGUAUAUCUCACAAGUGUAAGUUUGUAUGUGUGUGUGUGUGUUGUUUCCAGAUACAGUAGUACUGAAGUUCAAUCAGUACAGUUCUGAAUCAAGAUGGAGACGAACUUUGAUAAAUAGGAAGGAUCAUCGUGAAGAAGGGAAUGAAGUGGAUGGAUUUUAUGGAGGAAUUAGAAAGCUUUACAAAGAGGAAGAGAUUGCUAGGUGGAAGCACUUUUGGCCAGCUCAAGUCCUGGAACAGUAGGGUUUGCCAAACUUCCCUCCCUGGAAAGAAGCAGGCACAACUUUUUUUCUUUUUUUGGCUCUUUAGCUUCCAAUGAAGAGUUUAUAAUGUUAUAGAAGAAGCCUAUUGCUAUUCUAAGAGUGAAAUAUUACUCAUUCUCAUUAUUUGCAAGCAGACCUUUGAAACUUGAAGGGUUGUAUAUAGUGAAAAAGAAAUGUACAGUUAUUGUUAUAAGCCA